AUGGCAGUCUUCCAAAACGAUGUGACAAGGUCAAUCCAAAUGAACGUUCGCAAGUCCAAACUUCACUCCACCUCUGAGUCCACAAUUUUGGUCGUUUACACCGGUGGCACGAUUGGAAUGGUUAAAAGUGAGAGCGGUUAUAUCCCCGAAAGCAACAUCUUUCAAAACUCACUCCGCUCAAAUAUUCGCUUCCACGACGCAGAAGAGCAUCAUCGCCGUUUAUCUCACCCAGGCUACUCAAAAGACUUCUUUAUCACACCUCUUUCUUUUUAUAACAAACGAAUUAUCUAUAAAAUUCUCCAAAUGGUUCCUCUGCUUGAUUCAAGCUGUAUGUCAGUGCGAAAUUGGAUUCAAAUUGCUGAAGUUAUUGAAGAAAACUACAAACUUUAUGAUGGGUUCGUCAUUCUCCAUGGGACUGAUACAAUGCCAUAUACUGCUUCAAUUUUGAGCUUUAUUUUGGAAGACUUAGGAAAGCCAGUUAUCAUUACAGGGUCACAGAUUCCUUUUUCUGAAAUAAGAAAUGAUGCAGUUGAUAACUUAUUAGGAGCUAUUACGAUAGCUGGACAUUUUGCGAUCCCAGAAGUUGGCCUUUAUUUUAAUAACAGGCUAUAUAGAGGGAAUAGAACUUGCAAAUACGACAAUUCAUCGUUUGAACCUUUUAAAAGUCCUAAUAUGAGGUGUCUUAUAAAGGCUGGGAUAAAUUUUAAAGUGAACUGAAACCUUAUCAGGAUGCCACACAAAGGAGGGAAAUUCAGAGUCCAUAAAGACCUCGACAGCAACAUUUCAGUUGUAAGCUUUUCUCCAAUUAUGACAGAAGAGUCUCUAUUAGCUAGUAUAAAUCCCCACACGAAAGCAAUUAUCAUUCAAACUUAUGGCGCUGGAAAUAUUCCUGACAAUCGGCCAGAAUUAUUAGACGCUUUAAAAAGAGCGAACGAAAGAGGAAUUGUGAUAGUGAACAUCACUCAAUGCAAAAAAGGAGGAGUUUCAGACAGUUAUCAUUGUGGACAAAUCCUUGGGAGGGCUGGAGUCAUUUCAGGAAGAGACAUGACUUUUGAAGCUGCCUUAUGCAAACUGAGCUAUUUGUUAGGAAAAUACCCUGGGGAACCUGAAAAAGUUAAGAGUGAGGUGUCAAAGGAUUUGAGAGGAGAAAUGACAAUUGACCCAGAGGAGAUAGAUUUUUCACUUACUAUGAAAGAAAUUAUUAAAACGAUUGGCAAUGUGUUAGGAAUUUAUACCCAACAAGACAGAGACGAUGUAACUGAAGAAAUUCUACCAAUUAUCAUAAAUACAGCAGCUGCGCAAGACAAUAUUAGAGAGCUGACACAAAUCAGACACGAAGGCAUUAGCUUGGAGCUGUGUGAUUAUGAAGGGAAAACCCCUCUUCAUGUAGCUUGCAGCACAGGCAAAAAAGAAAUUGUUUCAUUUCUUGUAAGGCAAGAAGUGAAUAUCAAUUCAAUUGAUUCUCAAGGCAGAACGCCAUUGAUGGAAGCCAUAAAUCAUGGGCAUUUUGAAAUUGCUAGAGAAUUAAUCAAAUUUGGAGGGAUCAUUAGCUGUCCAAAUGAACAGCUCGCACCAAUGCUCUGUUAUGCUGGGAUGAGAGGUGACCUGAAUAAAGUUAAAAUCUUAUACAAGUCAGGGGUAAAUAUCAAUGUAAUAGAUUACGAUAAAAAAACUGUAGGACAUUUAGCAGCUGCAAAUAAUCAUUUGGAUGUGAUUCGGUACUUAAAGAAUAAAACUGACUAUAAAUUUGAUGCAAAAGACAAUAAUGGAAUGACUCCUGCAGAGAUUGCAGAAUAUAAAGGGUUUCUGGAAAUCUCAAAUUGCAUUAAGAAUACAGAUCAAUAA